CUUGGCCCUUUUUAUACAUUAAUCAAAUGUGUUUGAAAUCAGCUGAGUUUCAGCAUGCAUUAUACAGUGAUGCAGAAUUACCAUCCAAUGUGGACAUUUAAUUUCAGAUUUUGUUAGAACCUGAGGUGAAAGAAUGCAGGUCAAGGAGAUCAGUGAAAGAAAUAGAUCGAAUACUCAGGCUUUGUUCCAUUUCAACAUUUGAUGAAAGUUUCGAUCAAAAGAUUCUAAAUUUGUCAAGCAAGGUGGCAGAAAUAUCUUGUGAUCAUCUAAAGGUUGCCAGUGAGACAGGAAUUUGUUUCCAUACAUGCACUACCCUGAUGGGAUUUCAUAUGCUUUGUCACAAGUAUUUGGCUGGAACUAAUCUGGUAAUCUAGCUCUUAGUUUAGUUGAUAUGUUUGCUAUCCUGCUUGUCAGGUUAUUCUAUAUUAAUGGUCUUAGAUUUUUUCCCCCUAAUUAUGCUUUGUAUAAUCCUUUGUUUUUGUCCUGAUUCUGCUGGUUUAGCAGCUUUUUUAAAAAUUUGCUUUGAAUUUGCCCCUUAAGCAUGGGUUUCUGAUAUUUCACCAAAGAUGUUGCCCAUAAUAGAAAUUGGGUUUAAUAUCACAGACAUGUCAUGAAAUUUGUUAAUUUGGCAGCAGUACAAUGCAAUACAUGAUAAUAUAGAAAAAUAAGUAAAUCAAUUACAGUAAAUAUAUAUUAAAUUCAAAAAUAGUGCGAAAAGAGAAAUAAGUGAGGUAGUGUUCAUGGGUUCAAUGUCCAUUUAGGAAUCAAGUGGCAGAGGGGAAGAAGCUGUUGCUGAAUUGCUGAGUGUAUGCCUUCAAGCUUCAGUUUAACUAUUUGGUUUCCAAAUACGUGUUAAAAGUGAGUCCAGCUGAAUCCUGUCGCUGCUGGAGAGAGAUGAUGCCCUCAAAUAUAUUCCAGUAUUCUUGUAUUUGCAAUCCAGGAAGUGAGAACUCCAGAAUAGGAGUAUUCCAUUCAGUAGAACUUUUUUCUCAUCACAUGCACUACAUUCUAGUCCUUGAGAUUACUGUACCAUAUAGCCUACACUAUAAUAAGGGAUUACUUUAUGUUGUAGUAACACGUCAUUGCAUGCGCUAUUAGGCGCGUAUUGAUCUGUACGUGUGUGCCGAGUUAGGUUUCUGCCAGUAAAGAACCAUGAAACUUAGCUCCAGUCUCCAGCGUUUUUAUUAAUAGCAUUGUUGUGUAACUAGGCCACGUACACAACAAAUUGACGACGAGGUUAAUGAACCUACAUCUUAUCGGAAUGCCGAGUUUUAAUUGAUAACAACACUCGGAGGAAGAGCACAUGUAACGAGCCAAGAAGCAGGAGAAGGAGGCGGAGUGAAGCCGCGAGGCCAAAAGGAAGCGGGAGCACAGCUGGGGUCGGGAACGUUGGGAGACCAAGAGACACGGUCAAAGCCGCAGCACGUCCGAGACCACAGCUGGCGCUGACCCCUGGGGCUGAGGGAAAUAAAAAGGAGCAACACACGCAUCUAGACGGAGUGCGCUUGUGGCACUAGCAAAAAGGACACGUGAGUCAAAAAGAAAACAAGGGGAAAACGGGCUAAAUUAACAUAACAAAGAUGGCGAUGCUUGGAACCAUUACAGCAUUUGAUAGUAGCAUUGAAGACUGGGCAACUUACAUUGAAAGAGUGGAGUUAUAUUGUGAGGCUAACGGUGUUAAUGAUGAAAGGAAAGCCAGCGUCUUACUCAGUAUUAUGGGAGCAAAAACAUAAGGCCUGCUACGGAGCUUGUUAACCCUGAAAAGCCAGCUGCCAAAACAUUCAAGCAAAUAGUAGACACUCUCUAAUAGCAUUUAAACCCCAAACCACUGAUCAUUGCUGAAAGAUUUAAAUUUCACAAUCCAAAUCAGAGCAAAAAUGAAAACCUUUCUGAAUGUUGUGCUGAAUUACGCAAAUUAUCAGAACAUUGUCAAUUUGGACCUGGUCUAUCAGACACAUUGAGGGACAGGUUAGUGUGUGGCAUGCACUGUGGAACCACGUAGAAGAAGCUUCUGUGUGAAAGAGACCUUACAUUCAAGAAAGCACUAAACAUUGCAAUAUCAACAGAAGCAGCGGUAUGGGGUGCUUCAGAGAUGCAACAAAAAUCUCUGGAAUAUGCCACAAAUAAAAUGUCACUGAACAGGAAUGAAUGAAAGAAAUGUUACCGUUGUGGGAACAGGUCAUAUGACCCAGAUGACUGUUGGGUUAAAGACAAAGAAUGCAGAAACUGGCAAAAUAGGGCCACAUUGGCAGAGUAUGCAAAGCUGGUCAGCAGCAGAAAAAGGGCAAAAUACAGAAAAACAAGAAACCCCAGAAAGGAAAAUACAACAAGGUACACAAAAUGAAAGAAGGCAGUUCUGACGAAAACGACUCCAAUAAAAGUGAAUUGUCUUGUCGGCAACUAAACAGCAUGAAAGAGACAGAUGAUUGAAGAGUAAUAUGGAUCACUCCACAAGUGGCGGGUGUGAGACUGAAAGUGGAGUUGAACACAGGCUCAGCUUUAACAGUGAUCUGUGUACACGACUACAAACAACUGUUUUGUCACAUACACCCUAUCCUCGUUAUAUGCGGGGGAUACGUUCCUCGAAGUCGACGCAUAAUGUAAAUGAUUAUUUAAAUGAAGAAAAUAGGGAUGCGUUCUGGAAAAAAUGUUUUUUUCUGUAAUUUAUUCACAUUUUCAUACCGAUAUGACACAAAAGCAGUACCACAAGGAAACAUUCGUAUUAUAUUUCAUCAAUUUAAGGUAAUAUUCAACAUAAUGAAUCAUAGAAAGUUAACAUGCUAGGGUGUACAGUACUCACCAAAAGUGGCAGGUGUGUUCGCUCUGGGAGAUGAGUGAUUGUUGUGGUGUUGGGCAACUUUUAUGGAUGAGGUGGAUGGUUGUGUGUUGUCAGGAUCAUCAAGGACAGCAAGGGGUGAAGGAAGACUCACAAAACUCUUAGUACUACCGGCAGCAGGAGAUGACACCAGUUUGAAGAAAGUGGUGAGGAUUGUUUGCUUGGCAGCAUUUUGUUUUUCAGCAUAAAUUUGCUUGUAGGGAAGAAGGCUUGACUGCAGGGAAUGACUGAAAUGCUGACUCCGUUCUAAACUUGGGUCCGUGUCCAUCGCCAUUUGUGCCAAGUGUUCCGCAGCCUUAAAAAUAAAUAAAUAAAUAAAUAAAUAAAAAUAAUUCUUCCAGUUGCUUCAGAGUGAAAGACCUGACCUCUUUCCAGGAUUCAUAAAUGUUGUUGAUGGCAUGUCUGAUGUUGACGGAUCUGUUGGUAAACUCCUGGGAUUUUCAAAAUCGUCUUGCUUGCAGCAUCUGAGGGACAGUUCGCCAUAUAUAAAAAAAAAGCCUUGAAUGUGGAUAUCACACCUUGGUCGAGUGGUUGAAUCAGUGAUGUUGUGUUAGGUGGCAGGAAACGCACUGUUAUGUUAGAAUGAAUGCUGUCCAAAUGUUUAGGAUGGGCUGGCGCAUUGUCAAGCAACAAAAGAACUUCAACAGCAAGAUUCUGUAGUAGCGUUCAGCCUCAACAGCAAAAUGAUUAGCAAACCAAUCUUCAAAGAUUUGACCAGUGACCCAUGCUUUCUUGUUAGCUGCCCAGUGGACAGGAAGCAUAUUCUUACUCAAACCCUUAAGAGCAUGGGGAUUUAGUGAAUGGUAAACUAAGAGGGGCUUCAUCUGACAGUCUCCUUCGGCAUUGGAACACAUAAGCAAAGUCAAUCUAUCCUUUGCUGCCUUGAAACCUGAUGCAAUUUUUUCGUCCUUACUUAUAUAAGUGCGUUUCGGCAUACGCUUCCAAAAAAGCCCGGUCUCGUCUGCAUUAAACACUUGCUUUGGUGUGAUGCCUAACUCAGCUAUCAUAGUCCGCAACUGCACAGGGUAGCGUCCCAGAGCUGUGUUACCUUCACCUGAUGCCGCCCUGUUUAUAAUUUCCAACUUUUUCCCCCCAAGUGUUAAAGCGGUUCUCUGCCGCUUGGCUGGCUCAGGACUUGACAUCUGACGCUUAGAAGGCAAGUUAAAUAUUUCAAGCACAAAAUCACUGCACCGUAGGUAAAAACACAAGUUUAAGAGCACAAGAUCACACAUCCACAUGCUGCCAAAAUCAAUGCGAGACUGGUGGGAGUGAGACUGAGGCGUGCGCACGUGACUUGUAUUGGCGGGAAAGCAGUGCUGCUCACAUAACUGAGUUUUAGACGCAUAUAAUGAGAAGUUGGUAGAAAUAGGUUCCUCGCAUAACUGAAUCUGCAUUUUCUGAAGACGCAUAUAACGAGGAUAGGGUGUACCUCUGAAACAAACUAAAAAGUGACAGUGACCUACGGAGACAAAACACAGCGCUGAACCUCUAUGUACUGAAAGAUGGAGGACCACCGUUGCUGGGACGUGAAUGGCUCAGGAAAAUCCAGUCGGAUUGGCACACCAUCAAAGCACUAGAUGUGUCAACAAAGGAGGGCAGCUCGGCAGGGAAGAUGUCCGCAACUCUCCUCUCACCCGUUGUCGACUAUUACAACGAGGAGGAGGAACUAGACAGCGUCGACAAUGAGGAUGAACGCAGUAUCCGUGGCCGCGACUCGGAUGAAGAUACAGUGGAUGCAAGUGAGACAGAUAUUGCCAAUAAGCAGGAUGAUGAAGACUACCUGGAAGUAAAAGAGCAGAUGUACCAGGAGAAAUUGACAUCUCUCAAAAGACAGCUACAGCAGUUACAGGAGGGCACUUUGCAGGAGUAUCAGAAAAGGAUGAAGAAAGAAUACGAAAUGCAGAGCUUUUUCUGCAACUGGAGACAGCAAGUGGAAAGGAAUUGUAUUAAAGAGAAGAAAGCAGCAGUGAAGGAAUUUGAAGAUAAGAUUGAGUUAGAAGAAAAGAUUGAGAAUGAGAGGCUAACAAUGGAAUUCACAGGAGAUUCUAUUGAGGUAAAGUUAAUAAUGACUAGGAAACUAAGGAGGAGACCUAAUGACCCUGCUCCAAUUACAGACAAAAGACAAAAACCUGCAUCUGCGCAGUUAAAUUACUUGUUAACAGAUGAACAGAUAAUGGAAGAUCGGCGAACUCUCAAUAAGUUUAAAUCUCCAUAAAGAUCAGCAUCUCUGACUUCUCCUGAGCAUCUUCCCAGCACUCCUCCUAAAUCAUCAGCACAAAGAUAUGAAACACGAAUAGAAGAUGGAAAGUCAUAUUACGAUAAGAGAUGGUAUUAUAAAGGUCAGACUGUCUAUUUGGAAUCUAAGGCGAAUACAAAGAUUGGCUGUGUAAUUAGCUCAGUUGGAACAAAUGAGAUAUGGGUAAGGACGACAAGUGACAGCACAAAGAUGUGUAUAUAUCUAGGGCAGUUGCACUGAGGAGUCUUCAUUAUACGGAGGCGAUCUGCUGCCUAGAACUCUUAGCAAGUUGGAGGCGCACAUCAUCUUAAAUCCCUAUGCUCAGAGGUCAACUUUUCAUGAUUUUUAUAUGGGAAAUCUGUAUUAAAACAAACGUUUAUUGACACUGAAGAAUACACUAUUUGAAGACACUUUCCAAUGCCAUCUUAGUUUUGAUGAUUGUACAUAUUUUUAAGAAUAACAUUCACCUUUUC